AUGAUUUGAUGAUGCUGCGGUCACUACUCGCUGCUUCUUUACAUCCAAUUCAAAUUAUAAUGCCUCUAUGAUUUUCUGCAAAUACUUAUCUCUUAAGGAGUAUUAAAAUGGGAAUUAUUUCAUCUUAUAUAUAGUUAAACCAUAAUCUCUCAAAAGUAAUGUUCGUGAUCGAGUCACGCAUUGAAAUAAAUUAACCAUAUUUUGGAUAUGCAUCUUUGGAAGUGAAAGCAGACCAAAUCAGAGAUGAGUGUUGCACACGUUUGUUUCUGUUUGACCAUUCUCAUAUUACUUCAACUUUUGUCUUUUAUGUUGUUUUUGUUCUGCCCUGUUUUCUUUCUCAUUGCAAUGUCUCUAUCCUCUGUUUCUUCUUCCCAUCUUCUCUCUGUUUUACUUUUAAUCUUUUGUCCUGUAUAUGAAACUUUUUAUUUGCUACAUUGGAUAUGAUAAUUUUUAUUUCAAUUCUUGCAUCCAAGUUUUAUUUACUUUCUCUGAGUUUUUCUAAUGGGAAAUUGCUUUGGGUUUUCCGCAAAAGUAGGUAAUAGAGAAAGUCCUUAUCGUGGUAUGCAACCAAACAUCUCUCUUCUCUAAGAUUUCUCUACUUCUUGUCAUAUCUUAUUUCUGAUUAUAAAGUCUUAAAUUGAGUUGAGACAUCUUUGAUUUGAUUAACUGUUGAUUCAUCAGGUUCGUCAAGAAUCUCUGCCAAAAGAAGUCAAUCGUCUCGGCUUUCAAGCUUAACAAUACAAUCAUCAUCUUACAACGAUGACACGAGUGUGGCGUCUCUUCAAACGCCUAGAAGUGAAGGAGAGCUCUUAGCAUCGCCCACGCUAAAGGCAUUUACGUUUAACGAGCUAAAGACAGCCACUAGGAAUUUCAGACCCGAUAGUGUUAUCGGUGAAGGCGGUUUCGGUUAUGUCUACAAAGGAUGGAUCGAUGAACGCACUUUAUCGCCUUCAAAACCAGGGUCAGGCAUGGUCGUUGCUGUCAAAAAGCUUAAAGAAGAAGGGUUUCAAGGACACAGGCAGUGGUUGGCGGAGGUUGAUUGUCUUGGGAGGCUUCACCAUAUGAAUCUUGUGAAACUAAUUGGAUAUUGCUCGAAGGGUGAUCAUAUUCGGCUUUUGGUGUAUGAGUACAUGCCAAAGGGAAGCUUGGAGAAUCAUCUCUUUAGACGUGGGGCAGAACCGAUUCCGUGGAGAACAAGGAUUAAAGUGGCUAUCGGUGCGGCGAGAGGGCUUGCUUUCCUUCAUGAAGCUCAAGUCAUAUACAGAGACUUCAAGGCCUCCAAUAUUCUACUUGAUUCGGAAUUCAAUGCAAAGCUUUCUGAUUUUGGAUUGGCGAAAGUAGGACCAACCGGAGACAGAACACACGUAUCAACCCAAGUGAUGGGAACUCAAGGCUAUGCAGCACCUGAAUACGUUGCCACUGGUCGGAUAACAGCCAAAAGUGACGUCUACAGCUUCGGUGUGGUCUUGCUAGAGUUACUGUCGGGACGUCUGACCGUAGACAAAACGAAAGUAGGAGUGGAACGAAAUCUGGUUGAUUGGGCAAUACCUUACUUAGGAGACAAAAGGAAAGUGUUUAGGAUAAUGGACACAAAGCUUGGGGGACAAUAUCCUCACAAAGGAGCUUGUUUGACUGCUAAUACUGCGUUGCAAUGUCUUAAUCAAGAACCUAAGUUGAGGCCAAAGAUGUCUGAUGUGUUAUCUACUCUUGAAGAGUUGGAGAUGACGUUGAAGUCGGGUUCUAUUUCAAACUCGGUUAUGAAAUUGACAUCUUCUUCCUCUUCUUUCACGGCGAAACAGAGAGUAAGAACUCCGGUUGCUGAUCCGGUGUUGUCUAGUAGACGAUGUCGACGUGUUCGGUGAAGUAGCGACAGAGAUAGUUAGGUUUUAUGAGUGCAUGCAUUUUUUUUUGUUUUUUUUCCCUGGAAAAGGUGACAUAUAGCUGUGUGCUUGUUUGAUUUUCCAUAUAUUAUUUCUAUUUUAUCAAAAUCAGAUUUUGUGGACAUUUUCAUUUGUAUUCUUCUUUAAUA